AUGCUCGUCGACAUCCGGCCGACGCGGUCCCUGACCAGCAUGCUUUCCCUGCUCGUGUCUUUCCUCGCCCUGGCGCCAGCCCUGGCUGCCGACGACGACUCCAAGGUCAUCAAGGGCUACGACUUCAACGAAACCAUUCAGAGCCUCGACAUUGCCCCCCGACCGUCCCUCUAUUCUGGUGGCUUCGCAGACUGUCUCCGCGGCGGCAGCUUGUUCAACUUUUCCACGUUUGAUGUCGCCUACUAUACCAAGGAUGACGACCACACGAUAUUCUUCCAUCUUGAAGGAGCCAGCAACAUUCGCAAGGAGUCGCUCGCCCUCCACCUGUCCAUCCAAGCCUACGGCGAGACGCGAUUCAACAUGACGUACGAUCCCUGCAAAGCUCACAUGGACACCCUAUGCCCUCUCACCUCGGACAAUCGCAUCAGCGCCUUUGCCGUUGUCCCCUUAUCCGCAGAUGAGAUAGCCGGCAUGCCGCAGGUUACCAUGGGCAUUCCCGACUUUGAGGGCUUUGCGCGCAUUCAAAUCUUUGCCAACUCCACACAGACCGAGAUUGGAUGCUUCCAGGCCGUCAUGUCCAACGGCAAGACCCUCGCGCAGGCGGAUGCCAUCGGAACCACCGUUGGACUUUUUGUCAUUGCCGCUAUACUCUCCUCCUUCGUCACCGCUGUGUAUGGCAUCAGCAUCCCGCACAUGCGCAUGCAUUACGCGCACUCGUUUUCCGUCCUCAUCGUUUUUGAGACGUUUCAAUACAUCUUCUUCUCUGGUGCACUCUCUGUCAACUGGCCGAGUGUGCUGCCAGCGUGGUGGAGCAACUUUGCCUGGCCCUCGGGUAUGUUUGCGACGCACGACCUUGUCCGCUCCAUCAGCUCCUUCACCGGCAACGUUGUAAGCGUGAGCCAGGUUGGAGGUGCUGGAUCGGUCCCUAUCAAUAACAACGGAGGCUUAACGCAGCAAAUCUACGGGCGGGCAGACGCCAACAGCGGAGAAAAGCCUUCGCCGGCGACCGAUCUGGCCAGCUACGCCUGGGGUGGCGAGCCUAAUACUCCCGGGAUGCCUAUGCCAGGUACCUGGCCAGGUCUCCCUGGAACGCUUUCCGAAGUCAACAUCCCACCAGCGGAGGCUUUCACUUUGGCGCUGAUAUGGUUCGUGGCCAUGAUUGGCCUUGUCAUAGUGCUCAUUGUGUUGUUCAAGUUUACACUAGAUCUUCUGAUCCGAUUCAAGCUUCUCAAAACGGAUGGCUUCAACUACUUCCGCAGCCACCUCGGCGGCUACCUCGCAUCUGCUCUGCUGCGCACUUGCUUUAUUGGUUUCUUUGUCAUGACCACGCUCGCAAUGUAUCAAUUCUCCCUGCGAGGCCCCGCCGGCCCCACUGCCAUUGCGGUCGUUGUCUUUUUGCUCUUCUUUGUUGGCAUUGGAGGUCUAGCUGCGUACGCCUGCUACUUUCGCCUUCGACACGGCAAGUACUCCACCGCACCGGAUUCCAUUCGAUUCGAAAGCGCGAAGCUCUUUAAGAAGGUUCCCUUCGUGUCUGCCAUUCGAAACAGCGAGCGCGCCGAGCAAGAGACGGCCGAGCAACGCCGCUUGUACGCCUCGGUGCCCAUUACCAGGAUUGUCUAUACCGACGACGACCCGAAUCGCCUGACCGUCCACCAAGAUGCCGGGUUCAUCAAGCGAUUUGGCUGGCUUUCCGGGCGGUACCGUCGUACACGCUGGUGGUACUUUGCCAUUUAUCUGGGCUACCAGUUUGUCCGUGCAUGCUUCAUUGGUGGCGGUGUUCGCACGCCGCUGGCUCAAGUAUUUGGACUGUUCUUGUUUGAAAUUAUCGCGUUCUUUAUCAUCAUCAAACUACGAGCCUUUGAAGGCUCUCGCAACACGGUGGUCGCUGUCUGGAUGCUGUCCAUUGCAAAAGUCAUCACCACCGGCCUGUCCAUUGCCUUUAUUGCCGACUAUAACCUGAACCGCAUUGGCGCAACUGCGAUUGGUCUCAUCAUUGUUGUGGUGCAGGCUUUCCUUGCCGUCGUCGUCUUGAUCCUUGCUGCACUCGGUAUCAUGUCAUCGUGGAUGUCGCUCUCGCGCAACAAGGAAGAAUUCACUGAGCCGUUCGUUGACAUGCGUGUCAAAUAUUUCGAGCAUAUGCAGAAGCGCACUGACGAUCUGCCUGCCCCGCCCAAGCCAGAGGAGACGGAGCCAGAGCUUACCGAGCCAGGUUUCAACGUACACAAUGUUCGACGAGCUCCCAAGAUUGAAGAUGAGGAUGAGCUAGGGGAAAUUACGCUACCGCAACCCGGUUUUACGGGACAGGGUAGCGGUAGCGGCCAGCGCAGCCGCGCCAACAGCGCCAGCUCCCGCUAUUCUGCCAGUGGCAUUCCUCGGGCGGCUCGCGUUCAUCGAGCCUCGUGGAGCUCCAAGGAGUUUGCCCAGAUGCAGACAGAACUGAUGACACGACCUGAAAACCAGCGCGGCAACCGCUCUAGAAGCAACUCGCAGCGCAUGUCGUCCGCGAGCAUUGCUGCCGUCUUGGCCACCGACUCCCCCGGCACCAACACGCCGUCUCGAAGACCGAUGACUCCCACACGCGAGUCUGUGGAAGAUACAAGAGACAACUCGGGCACUGUAACGUCCGAGACGACACCCACGAAGCAAGGCGUCUCAGAGCUCGACGAAAAGAAGGACAAGCAAGCCCCGGUGGAAAAUGAAAAGGCUGCUGAGGCUGUCGUGGAGAACGAGACUCCAGUAAUAUCAAAGAAAACGACCGACAAAACCACUGUCUAA